AUUCUACACUACACACAUUUGACCGCACUAUUUCCCACUUCCCCUUUUCCAACAUUCCUGCAAAAUUCCGUGGAAACAGCGCAAAAUCCUCGACGCCUCCUCCGCGCUCGACCGUACAACGCCUCUGGCACCAGGCGAGCGAGCGAGGAUGGGAGCAAUUUGCGAAGACGAGUGCUCGUUGUCUUCGAAUUACAGUUUCGCGUGCUCUCAGGAUUUGAGAUUCUCCAAGCAAGUUCAUGACAAUGUCCACGGAAACAUUUAUCUCGAUCAGCUCUGUUUGAAAUUUGCUGAUACCGAACAGUUUCAGAGGCUGCGCGAUCUUAAGCAACUGGGAAUGGCACACAUGGUUUAUCCAGGAGCUGUCCAUUCUAGAUUCGAGCAUUCUCUUGGAGUUUACUGGCUUGCUGGUGAAGCUGUUCACAAACUUAAGGCUCAACAGGGAUUAGAGCUGGGUAUCGAUCGAUUUGAUAUGCAGACUGUGAAACUUGCAGGGCUCUUGCAUGACGUAGGUCAUGGACCUUUUAGUCAUUUGUUUGAACAUGAGUUUCUUCCCAAGGUUAUCGCAGGAUCAAAGUGGUCUCAUGAGCAUAUGUCUAUACAGAUGGUUGAUCAUAUUGUUGAUGAACAUCACAUUGACAUAGAUGCUGACACCAUUAAAAGAGUCAAGGAAAUGAUACUUGCAAGUUCAAAAUAUGGUAUAGGCAAAAGCACAAGGGAAAAACGUUUUCUUUAUGAUAUUGUGGCAAAUGGUCGAAGUGGCAUUGACGUUGACAAAUUUGAUUACAUUGUCCGUGACAGCCGAGCAUGUGGUUUAGGAUGCAACUUCCAGUUUGAGAGGCUAAUGGAGAGUAUGAGAGUUAUGGGAGAUGACAUUUGCUACCGGGCAAAAGAAUAUCUUACCGUCCAUAAGUUGUUUGCCACCCGAGCUGACCUGCACAGAACUGUUUAUACUCAUGCAAAAGUGAAGGCUUUAGAGCUGAUGGUGGUAGAUGCCAUGGUGAGUGCAAAUGGUUAUCUACAAAUAGCAUCUCACAUACAGGAUCCUUCUCAGUAUUGGAAGUUAGAUGAUACUAUUAUAAAGACAAUUGAGACUGCUCCAGACCAAGAACUGAAGGAAUCCAAGGAUUUGAUCCUUCGGAUUCGCCGGAGGGACUUAUAUCAGUAUUGUAAUGAGUUCGCUGUUCCAAAGGACAAAUUGGAGAAUUUCAAAAAGGUCACUGCUCAAGAUAUAGUUUGUUCACAGAAAAGUGGCGGAGUGUCCAUAAGAGAGGAGGACGUUGCUGUUACCAAUGUCCGGAUUGAUUUGACUCGUGGGAAGCAUAAUCCUCUCGACAGCGUCAAGUUUUUCCAGGAUUAUGAAAGUACGGAGAAAUUCAUUAUUUCUGAUGAUCGCAUCAGCCACUUGCUGCCAACAUCUUACCAAGACAUGAUCGUGCGAGUCUACUCCAAAAAGCCUGAACUGGUUGGAGCUAUUUCCGAUGCCUUUGAGAAUUUUCAGUUAAAGACCUACGGAGUCAAAAAACAAGUGAUGGCAACACCAGAGAAGAAAAGGCAACGGCUUAUGUAGCGGUUCCACUAUCCUGGUUCUUUCUUUCCCUUCCUUCAUUAAACAUGAUGCAGCUAUAGUUAUACUAGCACAUAUACAUCUUCAAUAUAUUCGUAUAUGUUAUUGAAUGGAAAUAUCCACAUGGGCCACUAUUUUUUAUAACCAUGUAAAAAACACUUUGGUUUUACGCAUUUAUCAUAAUAUACUUCUUUUAAUUA